GUACUAGGUAGUUAGUUACGAAGUACGUACCUACCUGAGACAGCCCUGCAGUCCGUCGUCCGCCCCGCCCGCCCGUUGCUGGCCUUUACCGCCUGCCUCGUGGCCCUGAAGUUUGACACCAACGACAUGUCCCAUACCAAACCAAACCAAACCAAACCACACAGGCAGGCCAUACUGUGUGAGAGCGACAAACUCCGCUUACUUCGCCCCUCGGCCAGCCAACAACACCAACAACAACAACAACAACAGCGCAUGGCGGCGUCCAUCGAUAUACGUGCUUACACGCGCUUGCCACGCAAGCUUGCUCUUUUGCUGAAGCAACUUUCUUCAAGGUUAGCGCGGCCCGUCCUGCUCAAACAAGGCACACCGGACUCCCGCUUCAAACGCGUCCAUCCGCCGAGCGACGCAACGCGAUAUCAGCGAUGCCAGCAACUGACUGACCCGAGGAGCCUUUCUGUCCACGUCGUUGGACACAUGGACAAGGGCCAGAACGUCAGCAGCCCCCCCCCCCCGGCAUUGACCUCGCAGGCGGCUCUGUCAUGUACGUACGGUACCAUACUUCAUACAUGUGUAACUAUCAGGAGGUCCCGCCGCGUCGGGUCGCCUCCUCCUCCUCCACACCACAGGUGCGAGUCCCGAACUCACGGGAGAGCGUACCAAGUGCAGGCUGUGUGUAGGUGGGUAUUCGGUUCCCACUGCUGCUGGCUCGGUAUGUACAGUAUGUUUGCUCCUCUUGGCUUCGAGCGCAACCCCCAGCCCACGGCUCACCGCCGCGUCGACGAGCCACGCGAGCGAGGCCCCCCGUUCCCCCUCUCCCUCCCCCCCUCUCCUUCUGCCUUCCGCCUCGACGGAUAUUCCCGGGAGGGAUGCUGCGUUCAGAUGCGACCAACAGCGCAUGCAUGCAUCCCCAUUGUUGGGAUACGGUGCGUACGUAUGCCGGUAAAGAAGACGAUGGCGACGGCGCUCCUGCCUCUGCAAAAUAGUAGAAGUCGACAUGGCCCGCGGUAGACGCCAUUAUUUGCCAUUGUUGAGACUCUGACAAAGUACGAGGGAACUAAACCAACCAGCGCGACGCACUGUGAGAAACCCCCAUCCUUGUUGACGGGACAGAAACCAUUUUUUUUGGAAUAAAACUCAAAUCUACUACAUAC